AUGUCUUCCACACGAACCGUAUUUCUCCGUGAAGGCCUUCCUACCGUCGACGAGUAUGGCUUGUUCCGAGGCACGCUGUGGUUUACAGUGAGAUUUUCGAACAAUGAUCGCCACUGUUCUGACGACGAGUUGAUGAAUCUUACAAUUGAACGCCUUCAAAGCGGAGAGUUCACAGUGGACUCCGAGCCCAUACACCAGGGCAGGGGAUUUUGCAUAUCGCUCCCGGUCUCAAUUUACGGCGCUAGUCGCAGCGAGUGUCUUGCCAUCGUUAUAAGGCUUGCGGAAUGCUAUAGGGAGGAUAUCGUGUCUGAGGACAUUGCUAUUGACCGGGACUUUCUCUUCAGAAGUAGGGCUUUCAUCAGAUAA